AUGGCCAGCAAGCUGUCCAACUUUGGCAAAACCCUGCUUCGUCGCCGGGCAUUAAACUGCUUAGGUGAAGAGUCCCAGUUUGCCCGCUGCCUGUCCACCCUGGACCUCAUCGCCUUGGGGGUGGGCUCCACGCUCGGCGCCGGCGUCUACGUCCUCGCUGGCGAGGUCGCCCGGGAGAAGGCAGGACCCGCUAUUGUACUCUGCUUCCUCAUCGCCGCUCUGUCCUCCAUGUUGGCCGGCCUGUGCUAUGCUGAAUUUGGCGCCCGCGUCCCCAAAACGGGAUCUGCGUACCUCUACAGCUACGUGACAGUUGGAGAAAUCUGGGCCUUCAUCACGGGUUGGAACCUCAUCCUCUCCUAUGUGAUAGGUACGGCCAGUGUGGCCAGGGCAUGGAGCUCCACCUUUGAUAACCUGGUUGAGCAAAAGAUCUCUGGCUUCUUUAGAGCCUUCAUGUCAAUGAAGGUGCCAGGGGGGGUGCUGGCAGAGUACCCCGAUCUGUUCGCUCUCAUCCUCAUCCUGCUGCUUACAGGCCUUCUGGCCUUUGGUGUGAGCGAGUCGGCACUCGUGAAUAAGAUCUUCACAGGCAUCAAUCUGGUGGUUCUGGGCUUCGUUAUAAUCUCUGGCUUUGUUAAGGGGGACACAGCCAACUGGAGCCUGACACAGGAAGACUACGCCAGAUUCAUAAAUGAAACCAACAGCAGCAGGCUGUUAAAAACUGAAGAGGAGUUUGGCGUGGGUGGUUUCGCUCCGUUUGGCCUCACUGGAGUCCUGUCUGGUGCUGCCACCUGCUUCUAUGCCUUUGUGGGCUUUGACUGCAUUGCCACAACAAGUGAAGAAGCAAAGAACCCCAUGCGGUCCAUACCUAUUGGCAUUGUGGCCUCGCUGCUCAUCUGUUUUUUUGCCUACUUCGGCGUUUCUGCCGCUCUUACCCUGAUGAUGCCGUACUACCAGCUGAACACCCAGAGUCCUCUGCCUGAGGCCUUCACCUACGUCGGCUGGGCUCCUGCUAGAUACAUCGUGGCUGCGGGUUCUCUCUGCGCUCUGUCCACCAGUCUCCUAGGCUCUAUGUUCCCCAUGCCCCGUGUUAUCUACGCUAUGGCAGAGGAUGGGCUGCUGUUCCGUAUUCUGUCCAGGAUGAAUGCUCGCACAAAGACGCCUCUUCUGGCUACCAUCGCCUCUGGCAUUGUUGCAGCUCUCAUGGCCUUCCUGUUUGACCUGGCCGCUCUCGUUGACCUCAUGUCCAUUGGAACUUUGUUGGCGUACUCUUUAGUGGCCAUCUGUGUCCUCAUCCUCAGGUACCAGCCAGGCACCCUGAAUUCAUCCAGCCAGACAGAGAAGCUGGUGGAGCUGGUGGGAGGGGAGAAGGUGCCCGUAAGCGGAGGGGACAGCGGUGACGAGUACGGCAUGGAGACGGACGAGAGGCCGCUCCGAGAGACCUUCACCGCCAAGCUGCUCUUCUGCCCAAGUGGAAAGAACCCAACAAAUAUCUCCGGGAACAUUGUCUACGUCACCACUGCUAUUAUUUCGGUUCUUAUUACUAUGCUGUGCAUUACCCUGGCAAACUGUCACUCAAAACUGCUGGCCGGGCACCCAGGCGUCGUGGUGACCUGUGUCAUCCUGACUCUGCUCUGUGGCGUCUGUGUCGUCAUCAUCUGGAGGCAGCCCGAGAGCAAAGAGGCGCUCACCUUCAAGGUCCCUCUGCUUCCCUGGUUGCCCCUGUUCAGUGUUUUCGUCAACAUCUACCUCAUGAUGCAGCUGGACAUGGGUACAUGGAUCCGCUUCGCUGUCUGGAUGGCUAUUGGUUUUGCCAUCUACUUUUUCUAUGGUAUUAAGAACAGCAGCGAAGCCGCCAACAGGUCAUCCCCUCGCAAAUACGAGCCUGCGCUGCAGAACAAGAGCCCGAUUUACAAGGGCGCUCUUGGCGACAGCGACGUGGAAACGGGCAGUCCCUGAUACAGACUGCCGUGGACCCUGGGUAGUGUUGCAGAGCAUCUUCACUCAUUUUGGCAGUCUGGUUGAACUGGCGGCCAAAUGCUGAAGUGUAGGCGGCCUGAAACACGGCCCCGGGUUUAAAGGAAGAAGAGGCAAGAAAACGCCACACACAUCUUACCUCUGACUUGGAGGCUGAUUAACUUGAUGGCUAGACACUGUGACAGAGCCACAUUCUGGCCCAUGUGUCUGUUUUAAUCUGUCUGUUUGUUCUUAGCCUUAGCCCUCUGGAGAUCUACCUAUAACACACGCUUUGAAUGGACCUAACUAACAAAGAGUACUGCGGUACCGUUCUCUAAAGCUGUUAACUGGAAGAAUGUUACACUUAAACUGUUUUCGUCUCUGCUUUCUCUCUGUUGUCAAUGCGCUGUAGCUGUGUGUGGAGUCACCUGGCCACCAGGGGUGAAUGAGAACUACUAUGUACUUCACUAAAAAGAAAAUAUAUAUAUAUAUAUAUACAUGACUUGAGCCAGUGAGUUUACGAUCUUCAAGACACUUGGAUCAGUGAGCUAGACAUUCAGCUGUAUAAGAAACUUGGAUAGUUUUUUUUAAUAAGGUUAAGCUGUCUAGUUUAUUGUUCUUUGUUGAUUGCACCAGCCUGUUUGUUUGUGUGUAAACAGGGUAGCACGGAAGCUGUGCAGUUUACAGUGCGAGUCAGGGCGAGUUAGGUCAGUAGCACACGGUCGAUGUCAUCUACACUGCGCGGUUCAGUGUCUGAGGCCGAACUUCAUGCUUUACAGAUUGGAUGCGUUUUUAACACACUAUCGCCUUUGUGCCCCCCUGCUCUCAGACACCCAUACAGUAUGUACACAGCAACUGGCAACAACAUUUGUUGCUUAUCGUAAAUGAUCCAUGCUGCGCUUUCUGUCUCGCAUAUAGACUGUGUUGAAAUGGUAUUUGCAGGCAUUUUGUGGCCUUCCUUUCAACCUGAACCAAAAAAGUGAAAUAGUUUGGAAAAGGCCUUUAAAAGCCAAAGGGACGAGAAACUACUUUUCGAUCCAAAGUGAAGUAAAAACAGCAAAAUAAAGCAAGAGUUUUAAGAUUUAAUCUUAUCUAAGCUCAUAUUUGGAUACAAGAUACACAUUGGAUACAAGAGUGCAUAGAAAUAUCUGUAUGGGUUUUACAUAAUCCAUUUAGUUAAUAGCUAAUUCCAGAUUUAAUUACAUUAAUUACACAGUGUUUGCUUAAAAUGCUUUGCCCAAAUAGUUUUGCAGAUCUAAGGACGUUGACAGAUAUGCACUUAACAUUGAGUUCAUUAAUUGCAUCUAAUUAUCUUCUGACAGGCUAUGGAAUAGGGCUUUUUAAAGGUUCAGUCAAUACACCAUGAAUUACUAAUUAACAUCUGUCUGCCUCUGUAUGACCCACUUUGGUGUCUGGGAGCAGGGGGUCUGUUUCUGAACAAGGGUCCGUCUUUCAUUACCACUAAAAUAGUUCCAUCACCUUUUUUAUUUUUACUUUCUUGUGAAAAGACUGAUGUUUUCACAAAUGUUCUUCUUUAGUUUCAAUUGAAACUUGUUCUUGGCAGCUCUGUCUGUUGAGCCCCCAUCACUUGUAUUUUAUUCCACUUUAUUGUAUUUUUACAACUUUAUUUGCUUUUUUUCUGAUAGAACUGUUAAUAUUUAAAUGUUUAUAGUGUUUGUUUUGGGAUAGCUUUCUUUAUGCCUUUUCAUAUCAGUCUCACUCAAUUAAUUAUUAUGCUUUGUAGAUGUAUUUUAACCGUUAAAUGUACAGUUUUUAGUGUGCUGAUAUGUUUGGUCACAGUGUCUUUUGUUUGUUUUUCCCCUUUUGUCUGCAGCACCAAAUGAUUUAGUUGUGAUAUUUUGUGAUCUUUCCUCACCAAAUGAACGUGUUUUUGGAAACAGCUUUCCAGAACUACGACUGACCACUAAAAGUUGGUUUCUAAAUUGUGUAAUUUAAAAUGAUUUUAACCCAAUCCUCUGUAGUCAAUAUAACUUAUUGGUAAUAGCAUCUUUUCUGUUCUAGUAAAGUGCUUACUGUAAAAUGUACAGUAUUUGUUUAAAACUUUAUCUUUACAUUUGUAUAAUGCUGUAAAUUAUACAAAUAAUUGUCUUUAAAAUAUGACCGUAAGUGUAAUUUGGUAAGAGAUGUUUUUUUUGUAAUUUACAUUUGAAGGCAAUUCAUUUGACACUUGAUGCUGCUGAAAUCUAAACUCUACCAAUCUUAGUCCCCCUUUCAGGGGUCCUGGUGGAUGCAGUAUUAAAGCAUUUCUGUAUAUGUUUAAAAGAUAUCCCAUUAAUACUCUUUUUGCUCAGAAAAUGCUCCCCACUUAACACAUGUCAGAACUUGACAUGCCUCCACAAAACGUAUGUGGAGACGGGAGGGUGCAGUAAGGAUAGAUCUGGAUUCUAGAUGUUGUGAAUCAAUAAUCUGGUGCCUAAAGAAACAUCCUUCUGCCUGAGAAAGGCAUCGGGCCGGUAAAACAAGAGUAGAUUUGAAUGUAAAACUCGUAUGUUUUCUUGCUGGCCUCCCAGUGACAGACCCCUGCGAAGGAUUCAUUUAUCAUUAAAAAGGUUAUGUGAUGUGGCUGUGACUCACUCAUACCCAGCCCUUGUGCCUUUCAAAAAUCAAUACCAUCAUCUCCCCUGUGAUCAUCUCAUUAACAGCAAUGGAUCUAUUUUUGUGUUUUAUAUCCUGUACAUAUGGCUGUCAUGUAUAAAACAAGCUGUAUUGUUUUUUUGUUUUUGUUUUUUUAAAUAAAACAAUCAUUCUUGCUUAUGGCA